AAAUAAAUAAAAGAUUCGCCAUCACCCGUAUAGGAUCUUCUCCUAGAGCAGAGGGUUGGACUAGAAGAUCUCCAAGGUACCUUCCAACUCUUGUUAUUCUGUUAUUCUAUCUUAAAGUUGUCAAAGUUGAGAAACACUGCAUUAUGCCAAGAGACAGCUCUGAAGAGACAAUCUGAUGCUGGAAAAGGUGGAAGGAAAACGAAUAAAAGGACAACCAACAGCAAAGUGGAUGGAUUCAAUUAUAGAAGUGAUGGGUGCUUCAUUAGAAGACCUGAAAGGACCGGGUUCUGAGGAAGGUCUAGGGAAGUCGGUCAGAGUCUACUUGAUGGCACAUAAUCAGUAGCAGUCAUGAGCUAAGCAUUAAUUCUGCACAUUGCAUUCAUUCUGUUUCUUUAUAUCACCUUAGAAGGCUUAAAAAUCGCACCCGCUCACUCAGCAGCAGCAAUCUUCACUUCCCUAGAUAAGCCCUUGGAAAGUAGCAUAAUGAAAGCCGAAAUGUGACUCAUGCUUCAUCAUUGCACACAGUAAUCCAAUUUAAAAUGAACUUCCCAGUCUCUCGGUUUUCCCAUUUUGUUCUCAUAGAACAGGUCUGGAGAAAAAAAAUAAGAGGUAUCUUUCCUUGCAGAUUUUUUUAAAAUAAUAGUUCCUUGUAGGCAACUGCUGUUUUUCUUCCAGCUCUCUGCCAUUUGUGUUAUUUGGGGGUGGCAAAAAACAUCUGCAAGAUGCAGAAGGAGCUCUGAGUAUUUGUUGUGUGUCUUGACUUGUUCAGAACAAGAUCGGCCUGGAAGAGAAAUAGCCAAAAAAAUAAUCUUUGCCAGGAGUUCUUGGCUACUGUAAUGGAGACUGUUGAGACAUGUUGGGGAUGUUCAGCGUCUUGUUUUAGAGUGGCAGGAAGCCCCAUUGUUGGUUUUCAGCCGUUAGGAUUAGAAGGGAUUUUGAAGUGUGCCGGAAGGAGCCGCAAAACUGCAAGUUGUCGAACCCUGUUUGGAAAUGGAAAAAAAAACCCCACCAAUCGCUCCAUCAUCUCUUUACAUCUGCACAGAAUAUAUUACAAGGCGCUAACAAGCUGAUGUCAGCAUAAUAGGAUCCUGGUGAAUUACAUCUCUGGGGUGUUUUCCUUGUCCUUGCAUCACAGAUGAGCAGAUGCCUCCUUCAUAUUUAGGACUCAGUUUGGUGAGGUAAAAGUGCACACUUGUUUACAGCAGCCCGUACGAAAGCAAUGUAGUUUGCGGUAUGUGGCAACCUACGUAUGGAAAUCUUUCCUGGUGUUUCCAAACCGGAGCACCAUCCAAGGAGAUGUCUCGGAUCGCCUCUCCUGAUCCUUGCAGGAUUUGAACCCUUGCAAAUGAAUAAAAAGGAAAAUCUUUGGCCCAUCUGCAGAAAGAAGUGCACCCUUCCACCACCGCUCUGAUGAACGGGGACAGUUUGCACGAGAACGGCAAGGAGGAGAUCAGACAAAAUGACCACGAAGAUCCAAACCAUACAGACGACCAAGAGGUCAUCGUCAUCCAGGAUACUGGUUUCACAGUCAAAGUCCAUGCCCCCGCAGUAGAACCCUUUCCCCUACAAGUGUCCCCCCAAGAGAUGGUUCAGGAGAUCCACCAGGUUUUGAUGGAUCGCGAGGAUACCUGUCACCGAACAUGUUUCUCUCUGCAGUUAGAUGGCAAUGUUCUUGAUAACUUUGCUGAAUUGAAGACCAUUGAAGGCUUACAAGAAGAUUCAGUAUUGAAGGUAGUUGAAGAGCCAUAUACAGUUCGAGAAGCUCGGAUACACGUCCGUCAUGUCCGUGAUCUCCUCAAGAGCCUUGAUCCAUCAGAUGCCUUCAAUGGUGUUGACUGCAACUCACUGUCAUUCCUCAGUGUCUUCACCGAUGGGGACCUUGGAGACAGCGGCAAGCGGAAGAAGAAGGGUACAGAAAUGGAGCAGAUUGACUGCACCCCUCCUGAGCACAUCUUACCCGGAAGCAAAGAGAGGCCGCUCUGCCCUCUUCAGCCUCAGAACCGAGAAUGGAAGCCUCUGCAGUGCCUAAAAGUCCUAACUAUGAGUGGCUGGAAUCCACCACCUGGCAAUCGCAAGAUGCACGGAGAUCUCAUGUACUUGAAUGUCAUCACGGUAGAAGAUCGACAUGUCAGCAUUACCGCAUCCACCCGAGGUUUCUACCUCAAUCAGUCCACAGCUUAUAACUUCAGCCCUAAGCCAGCUAAUCCCAGCUUCCUCAGCCAUUCCCUGGUAGAGCUCCUGAACCAAAUUAGCCCAACUUUCAAAAGGAAUUUUGCAGCUCUGCAGAAGAAACGGGUCCAGAGGCACCCACUAGAGAGAAUAUCCACCCCCUUCCAAGUAUACACGUGGACAGCUCCUCUAGCAGAACAUGUCAUGGAUUGUGUAAGAGCAGAAGAUGCGUACACCUCUAGACUGGGCUACGAAGAACAUAUCCCAGGACAGACCAGAGAUUGGAAUGAGGAAUUGCAGACAACCCGAGAACUGCCACGAAAAAAUCUGCCGGAAAGGUUGUUGAGGGAACGAGCGAUCUUUAAGGUUCACAGUGACUUCACCGCAGCGGCCACCAGAGGCGCAAUGGCAGUCAUUGAUGGCAACGUGAUGGCCAUCAAUCCGAGCGAGGAAACCAAGAUGCAGAUGUUUAUCUGGAACAACAUCUUCUUCAGCUUGGGUUUUGACGUCCGGGACCACUAUAAGGACUUUGGAGGAGAUGUGGCUGCUUACGUGGCCCCAACCAAUGACCUCAAUGGGGUCCGGACAUACAACGCUGUGGACAUUGAAGGACUAUACACCCUGGGCACAGUGGUGGUGGACUACCGGGGGUACCGGGUGACAGCUCAGUCCAUCAUUCCAGGCAUUCUGGAACGGGAGCAGGAACAGAGCGUCAUCUACGGCUCCAUAGACUUUGGCAAGACAGUUGUCUCCCACCCCAAGUAUCUGGAGCUGCUGGAGAAAACCAGCCGCCCGUUGAAGAUCCAGAAGCACCUGGUCCUCAACGACAAGAGCGAGGAAGUGGAGUUAUGUUCAUCUGUGGAAUGCAAAGGGAUCAUUGGCAACGACGGGCGCCAUUACAUCCUUGACUUGCUCCGCACCUUUCCCCCCGACCUGAAUUUUCUACCGAUGGAGGGGGAAGAAAUGCCCGAAGAAUGUCAGAAGAUGGGCUUCCCCAAGCAGCAUCGACACAAGCUUUGUUGUCUCCGGCAAGAACUGGUUGACGCCUUUGUGGAACAUAGGUAUCUUAUGUUCAUGAAGUUGGCCGCUCUGCAAUUAAUGCAGCAAAAGGCUAACAAGCCAAGUAGCCCCUCGGUGGGAAAUGGCAGCAGUCCUACCACUUUUCCAGAGAAUGGUGUGGAAGACAAGGAAACCUCUGUACUAGAAGACAACAAGAUGGAGGAUAAUACUCCUGGUCUAGAGCAGGUGAAAGAGCUCACAGAGACCAUCGCAUCAGAUGAUGGAGCAGUGGACCCCAAAAGCAGAGAAGUGAUUCAGAAUGCCUGCAAAGCUGUAGGUUCCAUCAGUAACACAUCCUUCGAUAUACGGUUUAACCCAGAUAUCUUCUCUCCAGGUGUCCGCUUUCCAGAGUCCAGCAAAGAGCAAAUCCAGGAUCAAAAGAGAUUAUUGAAGGAUGCAGCUGCUUUUCUAGUAUCGUAUCAGAUUCCAGGCUUGGUCAAAGACUGCCUCGACCACACCAUGUUGCCAAUGGAUGGCACCACCUUAGCAGAAGCCAUGCAUCAACGGGGUAUCAACAUGCGCUAUCUGGGGAAAGUGGUCACCUUCAUUAUGGAGACUCGUGCCCAGAAUCAGCUUGAUCACAUUUAUAAAAUAGGAAUCAUGGAACUGAUCACUCGGUCAGCCAAGCACAUCUUCAAGAUCUACCUGCAGGGAGUGGAACUUUCAGGGUUAUCAGCUGCCAUCAGUCACUUCCUCAAUUGCUUCCUGAGCGCCUUCCCUAACCCCGUGGGUCACCUGCCUGCCGACGAGCUGGUCUCCCGGAAGAAAAACAAGAGAAGGAAAAACCGGAAUUUGGGCACUGCCGACAACACCGCCUGGGCUACGAUGAGUCCCCAGGAGCUGUGGAAGAAUAUUUGCUCAGAAGCCAAGAAUUACUUUGACUUUGGUCUGGAAAUUGAAAGUGUUGACCAAGCAGUAGAAGUAUACAACCUGCAGAAGAUUACCCUGUUACGGGAGAUUUCUCUCAAAACUGGAAUACAGAUCCUGCUGAAAGAAUAUAACUUUGAUAACCGUCACAAGCCAACGUUCACUGAGGAGGACAUCCUCAACAUCUUCCCCGUUGUGAAGCACGUCAACCCCAAAGCUUCAGAUGCCUUCCACUUCUUCCAGAGUGGGCAGGCAAAGGUUCAGCAAGGUUUCUUGAAAGAGGGUUGUGAAUUGAUCAGCGAAGCCUUAAACCUGUUCAACAACGUGUACGGUGCGAUGCAUGUGGAGAUCUGUGCCUGCCUUCGGCUGUUGGCACGCCUAAACUACAUCAUGGGAGAUUAUUCAGAGGCCUUAAGCAAUCAACAGAAAGCGGUGCUAAUGAGUGAAAGGGUCCUGGGCAUUGAGCAUCCCAACACAAUCCAAGAAUAUAUGCAUCUUGCUUUGUACUGCUUUGCAAACAGCCAGUUGUCCACAGCACUCAAUCUACUGUACCGCACACGCUACCUCAUGCUGUUGGUGUUCGGGGAGGAUCACCCAGAGAUGGCCCUUUUGGAUAACAACAUUGGCCUGGUCCUUCACGGAGUUAUGGAAUAUGACCUCUCACUGCGAUUCCUGGAGAACGCUCUGGUGAUCAACUCCAAGUUCCACGGGGCCAAGUCCCUAAAAGUUGCACUGAGCCAUCACUUGGUAGCCCGCGUAUAUGAGAGUAAAGCUGAAUUUCGGUCAGCUCUGCAGCACGAGAAAGAAGGCUACACCAUUUAUAAAAAUCAGCUUGGUGAGCAUCACGAGAAGACCAAAGAAAGCUCGGAGUACUUGAAAUAUUUGACUCAGCAGGCUGUGGCCCUCCAACGCACAAUGAAUGAGAUCUACAAAAACGGAUCCAACGCCAACAUUAUGCCCUUGAAAUUCACAGCUCCCAGCAUGGCCAGCGUCUUAGAGCAGCUGAAUAUUAUCAACGGAAUCCUCUUCAUUCCACUCAGCCAAAAAGAUUUAGAGAGCCUUAAGGCCGAGGUUCAGAGAAGGCAGCAGCUGCAAGAGUCUUUCCGGAGCAGUGAUCAGCCAGAGGCGGAAGAGAAAAAAAACCCCAAAGAGGAAGACCGAGGCCAGCCCAUCCGUCCAAACACCCCUUAGAGCUUAAAGAGCUUUUUAGUUCACUGGUCCUCACAACAAGAAUUUGCCCCGGGUGGCUCAGCCUCACUCUGGGACAACUUUGGCAAUGUUGUUUGUUUCUGGGGAGGGUUUCGUUUCGUUUUGUUUGUGUUUGAUUUGCACUGGUACAAUGAAUUUUACAAUGCAAAAGAACAAAAUUUUGAGAAGUGAAGUCUGCCUGUCUAAAGUACCGCCAACUGGCAUCUCGGGUGGAGUGGAACAGCAAAGGUCUGUGUCCAAAACGGCCCAAGUAGACAAAGGCCAAGGAUGCCGCAUUGAGGUGGGGAGAGGUAGAAGAGGGGCAGGAGAUGUACGUUGCGUGUAUGUGUGUGCGUGCGUGAGUGCGUGCGUGUAUCAUCCAUCCAUUUCUACUGUGUACAUAAGAGAUUUAAUUCCAAGUGAGGGAUAAUAUAAUAUUUCUCAGGUCAUUUUUACGUUGACUUUUUAAAAAAAAAAAGACAUUUAACUUUGCAAAAUGACAUUUAUUUUAUUUUUUUUUUGGGCCACCACCCCACCACUAUGGAUUUUAAAGUGUAUUUUUUUUUCUUCCCCUCCUUUCUUCCUGCCUUUAAACCUCAGCCCCUUAAACACUGUUUAGGUGUCUGCAACAUUAUAAAUAUUAUAUAUUAAAUAUAAAUUCAGCCAUAUUUUUUAUCUGAAUAUUGAUUUUUUUAAAAAGCCCAGAUGGAUUUGGUACAGAAGAGGCAAACUUUUGAGGCACAUAAUUCCUUCCCUCCCCCCCUCCCCCUCCCCCGGGCCACAUUUAGGAGAAAAGCCACUGUGUUCCAUUCAGGUGCCACGUUUAGCUUCAAAAAAACGGGGAAUAUUUUAUUUUUUGCAACUGGUCACUUCCCAGGAAAAAGAGUGCCUAAAUAAAUUCCUUCUGGUACACACAAGAUGGAAUAAGAUGAAACGUCCCAAAGAAAGUACAGGAACUGGAAAAUUAAAAGCCACUUUCGAUACUGGUUGAUCAAAGGUGUCUCCUUCCCUCCCUCUCCCCCUCCCAAGCAUUUGCAAGUGAAUGGUUAUAUGUGGGGCCCAGAGUGAUGGGAAUGAGAGUUCCACUGACUUCCACUGACCACUGACUGCUACUGAGUUCCAGGGCCUGGGAAGGGCUGAUCGUCUUGUUAUCAGACCUAAAUCUUGUCACUUCUCCGUCACCCGCACUGUUACACAUCACCUGCCUCUUGGAUAAUUCUCAGUGCCUCAGUGCUCUUCCCCCUCCCAAUCUGGGGGGGGGGGAUUUGCACAAAAGGAAGCCCACUUGCCAGAGCAUCCAUGGAACAGAGGUAGGGAUUGGGAAGUGGGUGGCAGAGAAACAGUUGACACUUGCAGCCAAGAUUGCCAUCCGUGGAAAAAAAUCUGCCCCAGCAGUAGAAUCAAAUCAAUGUCUCUUUUUAUUUCUAAGGUUUAUCUGUGAAUGUAUUAAAAACGAAGAAUCAUGAACCUAA